AUGGCCGACGACGACCAGUUGGACUUAUCGCCGUCUGAGGACCAGGCCUCCAGCGACGAGGAAACCAUAAAGGGAGACCAGGAACACGGCCAUAUAGCCGAGAUCCUAGAGGAGGAAAGACAGGACGAGGCCGCCGCGCCCCCCGAGAGCAACGGCGCCAUCCCGAGUCGCUAUCGCCAGCUGUUGCGCGAGCAGGAUGACACCUCAGAUUCCGCUUCGGCCGAGGGGUUGCCCAGGAGGGUCGGCAGUCCAAUUGACUCCCUCCUGUCUGUGCCCGAUGAUAGCCCGUCAAUACAAGGCUCGCUGCUGUCGUCCCCCGGCAGCAGUAUACUCCCCUCGCUAGCCUCCCGGCCCGGACUCAGUAGCCCAACCCCGUCCUUUCGACCGUUUGACAGACGAUUCCAGUCGCGCAUUUCCUCGCCCUCGGUGCUGUCGCCCAGGCCCUCGUCGCCGGCGUUUCUGGCGAACCACAGUCGAUCCGUAUCGCUGAGCAGCAAUUUCCUACAAGACUCCGGCGACACCGACACUCCGUCGCCCCCCUGGGAGGUCGUACGAUGGACGAGACUCCAGAAGUUGAACGGCCAAGCCUUCUCGGAGGCCGGGAAGCGCAACUUCGGCUCCCCAACCUGCAUAGUCGUUUCCGCAUCCAUCGUCCUGGGCACCUCCAAGGGCAUAAUUCUAAUGUUUGAUUACAGCCAAAAUCUGAAAAUGAUCAUUGGGCCGGGCACGAAAGCUGUCGAGUCAGGGGCCAUCACUGCUCUGGCCGUGUCGGCGGACCACUCGACCCUUGCUGGUGGUCACGCAAAUGGCAACAUCUUCACCUGGGACACUACCCGGGCUUCGAGGCCAUUUCUCACGAUCUCUCACCUGGAGGAAGCCCAGUUACAAAACAGGACCCAGGACGGACACAUGCCGAAUGUCGCUGUUACUCACCUGGGCUUUCUGGGCACACGCCAUACGGCUUUGGUUUCCGCUGAUGACCGUGGCAUGGCAUUCUCGCACCUCGCCACCAGGGGAACCGGCGCUCUUGGAAGAACGGUCAAGACGGUCAGGAUCCUGGGUCGCUAUCCGAAUGCCCCGACCCCGGCCGGCAAAACUCUCAAGCCCAGCACCGUUUUGGCCUUUGCUCCUUUGCCGCUUGGCAAUGUCGAGCGGGCGACAGACUCCAUGGGCUUGACAGCAAUGCUGACACCGUACCUGUUGGUCAUCGUAUCAACGACCCCAAUUGCUCAAACGCAACACAAAUCAGCGCGACCGAAAGACGUGGCGCCGCACAGCGCUAUGAGCGGGUGCUUGGCAUGGUUUCCAGCGGUCAAGCUCAAGGUGCCAGAUCCAAACACCGGCAGUACCAUGUCCAAGGUCAAGCUGGUGUACUGCUGGUCCAACGUCUUGACCGUUCUCGAUGUGGAUGAGGUGCCUACUGAGGACAAGGAUAAGCCCCCUGGUUUGAGGUUCAAGGCCCGCAACCGCUGGAAGUGCGAAGAGGCCAUCGUUGCUGUCCAGUGGCUGACCCGAUCCGUUCUUACCGUGCUCACCAUCACGCAACGGCUCAUUAUACUAGAAGAUCGGACCAUGCGGAUGACCGAAGGUUUCGAUCUCAUCCACAAGCACAUCUAUCAUGCGGACCUCUUCUCGAAGCAGCUACAUGCGCUGGUGGAACAGCUAGACGAGGAAGACACGUCGAUGCAUGGCGUUGUCGCCGACGCUUUCUACAUGAGUCUCAAGGCUUACAAAGGACGAAUCUUUCUGCUGGGCUUUAACGACGUAUCGAUAGGCGCCUUGUCAAAUUGGGCGGACCGACUCAUCGCCUUGAUGGAGAACGGCGACUAUGUUGGGGCCAUCCAGCUGGCAACUUCUUAUUACACGGGCGAUUCUGACAAACUUACUGUCGGACUGCCAGAGGAUACCGGACUGAGGCAUAAGAUGGUUCGUGACAAGUUGGUGGAGAUCAUGAGCGCGUCAUUGAAGUACGCCUUUGGCCAACGACACAAAAACCGCGCUGCAGUAGACGAUCAACAUCUUCGGGAGCUGGCAGAGACCUGCUUCGUUGCGUGCCAGAAUAUCGGAGAUGUCGACUUUGUCUUCGACGAGAUGUAUGAAUGGUACGAGGAUGGAGACGUGGAAGGCAUCUUCCUCGAGACACUAGAGCCAUAUAUCCUUGAGAGGACGAUAAGGAUGGUACCUCCUACUGUUGUCAAGGCUAUGGUAACGCAUUUCGUGAGCAAAGGCUGGGAAAGUCGGCUCGAAGAGAUGAUUUGCCACAUGGAAACGGCAACCCUCGACAUUGACGAGAUCACCCUGCUUUGCAAGCAGCACAGUCUCUAUGAUGCCCUGAUCUAUGUCUGGAACCAGGCAUUGCGGGACUACGUGACUCCGAUGAUAGAUCUAGUCACCCUUCUGAUCCCCCUCAUGCAAGAUGGCGAGCGUGCGUCUGAUGCCAUCAUGAACGACGAGAUAUUUGGCGUCAAUGCUCUCAAGAUGUUCCCGUAUCUGUCAUAUACAUUGACUGGCAGGGUAUACCCCACCGGAGAAAUGAUGGACGACGCCUUGGCAUCACAAGCCAAAGCUGAGAUAUACUGGUUUCUAUUUUCCGGGAAAACCAUCACAUGGCCCAAAGGAAGCAACAAGACAUUCCGCACGCGACCGAUGCAGAACGACGAGCCAUCUUUCCCAUACCUGCGCAUGAUACUCAAGUUCGACGCCCCGAGCUUCCUCAGCGCAUUAAACGAAGGAUUCGAGGACUCGUUCCUCAACGAUUCUCAAGAGAAGCACCUGAACGGCGGUACAGGGAAAGACCUGCCCGAGGAGCAGUUCUUUGGGAUGACUGUCGACCGACAGUACGUUGUGUCCAUUCUGCUGGAAGUCAUGAGCCCCGCGGAUUUCGCGCCCGAGGAUACGAUCUAUUUGGACAUGUUCAUUGCUCGCAACCUUCCCAAAUUCCCGCAGUAUCUCAUCCUUCCUGGUUCCACUCUCAAUAAUGUGGUCACUGGUCUCUGCAACUAUCCCGGUGCAGACUUGGCCGACGAUGCACAGCUCAGCGCGGAGUAUCUCCUUUCCAUAUAUCAUCCUCCAGAUCUAGCACCCAUGAUACCCCUAUUCAAGAAAGCGGGAUUCUUUCGAAUCUUGAAACGAAUUUAUCGGAAUGAUAAGCAGUACGGUAAAUUGCUACAGACCUAUUUCGAGGAUUACGAAGAUCAAGAAGAAAUCUUCGACUGCAUAGCGGAGUGUUUGCGACCGCAGGUUGGACUUACCAAGAGGCAACUCCAAGAUGUACACGAUGUCAUCAAGCAGCACUCCAAAGACCUUGUUGAAAUUGACCCGGUCAAAGCCGCCCAUACCCUCAACGAGAAUGCUCCUGAACUGCAUCAGUAUGCCCUCGACUCGAUAUCCGACAGACCUGAGCUUCAACACGAGUACUUAAAAGCUCUACUCGAGCCUGAUGACGAGCCGUCAAAUGAGCGCACCAGCACACUUGGUCGCGACUUUAUCGAGCCCUACGUGCAGCUGAUGUGUCGCUAUAACGCUAGCCAUGUUUCUGACUAUGUCGGUCUUGUCCAGGCUUCCAACCUGAGGUUGGACAAGCUAUUGCCUACAAUGGAGGAGACCGGCGUCAUCGAUGCCGCUGUCAUGCUUAUGGCUCGCGAGGGCCAAGUCGUGGAUGCCAUGGAACGUUUGAUUAAGCACCUCAAUACCCUCGAAUCCGCACUUCGGGGCCUCCUGGCCGGAACCAACGGAUAUACCGAGGAGUUCCAAGUCCAAGAAGCGGCGGAAGACCUCUUGAAGGGGCUGCAGAAGUACACUCACGUUGGCAUCUGGCUUUGCCAGGGUCAGAUGAAGUCAACAAGAAACGGUUCUCUGCAACGAAGGCAGAGCUCGCCAGCUACCAAUGAGCUCACCCUUGAUGAGAGGCUCUGGCUUGACUUGAUUGACACUACGGUUCAGAUCACCCGCCGACUGACGUCUGUUCUUGUACAGCCGGAGUUGGCAGAGAAGGGUGCGGCGCACCACAGUCAAGACGCAGAGAAGCUGGUCACCCUCCUGAGAACCCUAGUCCAGCACACCUUUACUGCCUUGCUGACCGCAACUUCUACGCAAAACGCAGCCCAGCCUCCUUCUGCUCGCCUUCUCUCAACUUCGUCUAAUGGAUCUUUGACUUUCCUGCGCAUCCUGAAGGCCUUCCUGACCCGCGCCGCUGUCACCUCACCUAAUCUCGCGGAUCUUCGAGCAGUACUGACAUCGAUCUUCUCCGCCUACGCCUACGAGGAAUCGAUUCUGCAGCUAUCGAAUCGUUUAUUAGAGCAACAGCUCUUUGUGAAUGUACAAUCGGCUGUACAACUCAGACAACGCGGGUGGCGCCCCAAGGGUUCGACCUGUGAGGCGUGUGGCCGCAGGCUAUGGGGUCCAGGCGUGCAAGGCAAUGUCUUUGAGGCCUGGGAGACGAAACAGGCCGUCGAGGAUAAAAAGAGGGAGGAGCGGCAAUUGGCCAAAGCUGCCAUAGGAGCGCCUGCCGAGAGGGGCAAAGGGAAAGCAGAAACUCCACGAAAGCUCCUUGAUAAUGGCCUAGAGGGUAUGGCUGCCGAGGAAGACAGUAGCAACGCUACUGAACAUACUAAGAUCGGGACAGCAGAGAACCCUGCCACUAACGGAGGGCAGAACAGUCCCAGGAGAGACCAGCCCUUGGGACCACUUGUUGUUCUCGCCUGCAGGCACAUUUACCACCAAAGCUGCCUGGAUCAGCUGCAGGCGCAAAAGGGGGAGUCGCACAGAUCAGUGGACGACUACGGGAGAGAGCGGGAGUAUAGAUGUCCUAUCGACGGGUAG